UUCUCCGGGACAGGUUUGGAUUGUAUUAGAGAAAUUCAAGUGAAAAAUUGUCCUUUUGCUUAUUCUUCCUCCCUGCUAUAGUAAUUUGCCAGUCAAAUUUAAUUUAAUAACUGGUAGCUUUGUCAGCAGUGGCAGUCACUUUUAAAUUCUAGAAUGAAUGAACGCGAGGCUUUUGAACAAGUUCAUAAGAAAAGAAAACUAGUGGCAUUAUUACCGUCGGGUAACUUUCAACCAUCUGGGGGAAGUUGGUGCGUUUCACAAUGUGAUAUCGAAACAUUUCAUUUUGAGUGGAACAUAAAACAUUUUGAGCUUCGAAAUGGUACUAAUUGUGAGUCAGAUGUGAUUCUAGUUAACGGAUUUGAAGACUUUAGUCUGGAAAUAGUCGGUGGAGACCAACGGGAGAUUUCUGUCGCUCUGAAGAUAUACGGCAGACACGACUUUACCGGAUCCAGAAUAGAAUUACAUCAUACCCCUAAAGUGUAUCGAGUGACAACCGCAAUUGUAAAUAAAAAAAAAGAAAAGGUUUCAGCCCAGGAAGUCUUCUUACCAAAAAAUACCGUAACUCCUCAUGUCAUUUUUAAGGUUGGCAAAUAUUUGGCGUUCGAUUCUUUGCAGUUGGAUGGCAGUCUCACCAUUUGCUAUGACAUUGAAUGUGUAGUUGACACUAAAAACGUGACAGGGAAACUUGCUGCUGGUGUAAACGAUGGCUGUAUUAGUUGCAGCGAUCAAUUGGUGGGCCAACUCGAAGAAUUAUACGAAAGCAAGAAGUUCAGUGACGUCGUCAUCAACGUUGGUGGACGUGAAUUCCAAGCGCACAAGAACAUUUUGGCGACAAGAAGCAAAGUAUUUGCUGCCAUGUUCGAACAUCAGACCACUGAAAAAUUGUCUAAUAACGUAGUGAUUGAAGGCAUUGAUCCGGACGUGUUUCAAGAGCUCCUCCAUUUUAUUUACACAGGCCGGAUGCCUUUGGCGAAGAUGGAACAGAUGGCUAUUGGACUCAUGGCUGCCGCCGAUAAAUACUUGUUGGAUCAACUGAAAAUCGAGUGCGAAAAUCAUUUGAUUCGUCAAAUGUCUGCUGACGAUUGUCUCGAAUUGCUUCUACUCACCGACCGGAACCCGCCAGCAGAUGAUUUGAAACAGGCUGCUGUCGAUUUCUUCCGGCGUUCUCCAGGAGAAGUGAUGGCGACCGACGGAUGGAAAAAGGCCAAAAAAGAAUUUCCCGUCAAUCAUGCCUUGUGGACUUUCGCCCUAGAUAUCAUGGAGAAGGUAUACCGUCCGAGGAGUUCAGCACCAUCAUUUAUCCUAUAGGAAGAGAGAGAGAAACAAAAAUGAGACGUUAUCUUCAAACAAAUUUUUACUCAAACUUUAGCAGAAUACGCAGAAUUUACGCGAAUAAUUUUCAGCAAAAGAUUUGGCUUUGUAUCGCUUGAAAAAAUAUUAAUUCGUCCCCUGAAAUCAUGUACUUUCUAUAAAGAAUUUUUCACUUUUUUGUGUCGCUGAAGUGUUCAUGUUUAUUAAGUGGUGUUACAAAAUACAGACAUUUUUCAAUUUA